UGGUCUCUCAAAAUAUUUAUGUAGGAGAGUGGAUGUUGAGUCACUCUGAAAUUUUAUUUAUGUCAAAUUUAUUUAAGUCGAAUGUUUACCAAACAAAUCUUUUGAGAGACUGUUUUUUUUUACACUGGAUUUAUUUCAUCAUUGUGAAAAAAGUUAGGGUCAGAAAUAAAAAUGCGUACUUGAAAUUCGAUUGUUUUGAAAUUCAAAGUCUGAUUUUGAUGCAAAAAUAAAAAAAAAAUAGUCUUUAAAAUUUCAAAUUCAAAAUCAGAUGGCACAGAUUUACUUCCAUAUCCAGCUUUCUGUCUUUCUCUGUGCAUCCAGCAGGUGGAAGCAGCGAGAAGAAGCAGCUGCUCGUUGUUGAUGCUGAGGAAGCUUCUCCUCCACUUCUGCAUCUGAGAGGAGGAGGAGGAGGAGGAGGAGGAGAGACAGCUUCACACUUCCUGUGUGUCGAUCUGCGUUCAGCCGAGUCCAGCGAGCUGCAGCUCCGGGAGGCUUGUGGCUCUGCAGACCGGGCAGGAGGAGGCUUCUGAGGGAUAGGGAGGUGGUGUACGGGUCGGAGAGACUGCCAGGACCUCCGUGCAGAAGGAGCAGUGGAAACCAGAAGCCAUAAAUGUGGAUUGUUUACACCGGAGGGUCCCACCGAUCCUGCUCCAGAGCAGCCGCCUCGGCUCAGCAGACCCACCGUAGAUAGCGUCACUGUAGCGGGGCUGAUGUUGGCCCUGGUCCUCGGCCUUCAUCCUCUUCAACAUCCAGCCUGUUGCGAGUGCAUUUAGCCGCUGGAAGUGCCGCGGGAGGACCGGAGAGAGGAGCGGGGGAGCGGCGCAGCAUCGCCCCGUGCAUGGUGCAGCGGGGCCGGGGAGGGAGUGGAUGAGACGCCGGAGCUGACCCAGAGAUGGCUGUACUCAAACUGGCCGACCAGGUAGACCCUGCUAGCUGCUAGCCUAGCAUUAGAUAGGCUUCAUCAUCUCUAUUUGGGGGUGAUAUAUUCUCCAAUCGCCGUGUGUCUAUGUGCUUUCUUUGUGAACGCUUAUUGUACCAGAAUCUAUGAAAAGAUUCACAGUUUGCUGGUAAAUGCGCUCAGAUCUCAACCACAAAGCAGAGGUUUUAAAUCGUCUAGAUUUUUGGCUUUUAUGGCAAUAAUUUUCGAUGUUCCGUUAAAAUUAGGACAGCCCACUUCUUCACUGAUACUUCCUGCUCUGUUUCCUUCCGCAAGCAUCCUCGGUGCUGCAGCGAGCAUGUCCUCAAUAAUGAAAAUAUAACCGGAGACUGAUGCAGAGUCACUGCUGCCACAAAUGCAUGCUUAAUACUGCUGCCACAGCUGGAACAGAUUCAUGUUUUAUGAGGCAAAGCUGCAAAUACAAACCAAUCCUGGUCAAGUUUGAGCAAAAAUAUGAGGAGGAAUAUUUGAGAUGUUGGCUGAACCAGUGGUUCUCUUAUCGGGGUCCCUCUGGGGACCCUCAGGGACCCUUAAAGAGGCUUCAGGACGUCCACAAAGAUCUAAAUGUCAUAUGUCUUCAAUGGUGAGUUACACGACAAAAAACUAUAUGAGUCUUUUGGUUGUCGGCUUCAUGUAUUUCCUGUUAUGAAACAUCUAACAGGAUAAAUCUGCUCAGAUUUGAGAUCCCAGUGUAAAAUCCAAUGAUGUCUGUUUUAAAAGGUGUGAAGUUUACUGGACUCACUGCAGUAUUGUUCUCAAAGCAAACAAUCUGUCUCGAAGAGUUUGUGGUUUGCACAUUCCUCAAGUGAUCGGGGACAUUUCUAAUCCUUGGCAGGUCUACCUAGUUUUCAAAUUAUGUAAACUUGUGUGGGAAUUAACUCGGGGAAAGUGUGCAAGAGCGUGCACAAAAAAGGAGUGAUUAAUGCCUGAAAGUGGCGAGCAAUACAAGUUAUUAUGUCUCUUUCUGAUCUGAUUUUAUUAACAAUGCAGAGUUUGAUGCAGGGCUAAACUAAACAUUGUCUUUAGAUUAAAGGAUUGAGUAACCUUCUGUAAACAUCUCUUAAAAAUUCACAAAUUGGGACAUUUUCGGGUGCAAAUCUGCCACUCCAAAACUGUCAGCUAGUGAAAAUUAGGCCAUGUAUCUUGGUGGAAUACAUUUGGCAUCCGCAGUGUUACUACAGAGAGUGUUUUUCCUGUCUCCUGAGUCACAAGAUUUCCCUCAAAAGAAGCUUUUUCCUCCAAAUGUACAUUUUUUAAGCAAAAUAAUGCACAAAAGAGUCCUGAAAAGUGUUGGAAAACUUGGGUAACUUCAAAACGAACAGCUGGAAAUCUUAAAACAGCCACGAGUGCAGAUGUCGGUGUUGCAGCUAACAAUCACUUCCUCCUCUCCUCCUCCUCCUCAACUGAUUUUCAUUCAUUACUUCCUCAAUAGUCUGUGAAAUACUUAAAAAACAAUGAAAAACAUCCAUAACUGUUCCUGAAAGCCCAAAUCAACACCCUCAUUUUGCCUCUUUUGUCCAUCAAAUCAUCAAAAACAACAGAGGUUUUUAAUAUGCUAAAAUAAUGAGGGAAGAAAAGCAGUGAAUUCCUUAAGUUGAGUCUAACUUUCACUGCUCAGUGAUCACUUUACAGGUCCCCAAAUCUGAGCCUUUUCUUUUUGAUCUCACUUCUGUAGAUACCCAGACUCUGUCAUAGUGCCGCCCUGUUUUUAUUCUGCAUUCGCUUGUAUCUGGAGAGCUUUAGCGUGAUAAAAGUAGAGUGAGAAAUCCCCAUCUGACCCAGCACUGCUCUAGCUGUUGUUUCUGAUCUGCUCUUCUCUUCAAGGAAGGGAAGAUCUGUUUUUUUAUGUAACUCAGAAGAACUGAGGGACUUCCUGUUAUUUUCAGACAACAUGCUGAUGAAGCUGAUAACUGGAUGCCUCAGCUCAGAGGCUUCUUGAUUUUUUUUUCUCUUUUUCUGCUGUCUUUUAUCAUGUGCUCAUCAAGAGAGCAGCACUUGCAAACCUGUUUUUGUCAGAUUUUGGUGCAAUUAAAGUGGAUGGUUUGUUCUUUGGUAACAAUAGAGUUGUAUUUGCAGACUGCAAAAUACUCACAAAAACCUGAUCAUGGGCAUUACCUGCCUUACCUUGUCUCCAUCUGAAAGGUCCUGGGUUGUGAUUUUUAUCCUGUUUUAUCCUGCUGGCCUACCUUGGGUUUCAACUUCUACAUGGGCUGCCUGAAUAGGCUACAUCACAUUUUCUCCGCUAGAGAGGUCCAGCAUUAUGUUUACUCCUCUAGAAAUUCAGUAGACUCACUGCAUUCAUAUUUCACUACUAAAACACAGUGCAGCAAACUUUAACUGUUGCCCAUUGUAUCUUCUCCACCACAGAAGCAGGUUGUAGGGUACAGCUUGGCAUUUUCUCCACUAGAAAUGUGGGAGUUCACUUUUGGGCACUGCAACACAUUUUGUUCAUGAGUAGGGCCCCAUCAUUUCUUUGUGUUUUCUUCACUUCAAAUCGAACCUCAAUGUCUUUGCAUUGUGUUUUAUCUGAUUUGAAUAAAACUUUUUUUGUGCAGUGUUUCGUCCAAUGUUGUUUUCUCCGCUAGAAUGGUUAGUCAGAUCACUGCAUCAUAUUUUCUCUUCUAAAGUGGCACUGCCCUGCAUUUUCUCCAGUAAAGGAGCGAUAUCACUUAUUGCGUUUUCUCCUUUGAACGGUUGCUCGUUGUAUCGUCUCCACCACAGAAGCAGGUUGUAGGGUACAGCAUGGAAUUUUCUCCACUAGAAGUGUGGGAGCUCACUUUGUUUUCCCCCAAAACAACACAUUUUGUUCACCAUUAGGGCCCCAUCAUGACAUUUUCUCAUCAUUUCUUUGUUUUCUUCACUAAAAUUGAACCCCAAUGUCUUUGCAUUUUACUUUAUCUGAUUUGAAUGAUAUUUUUGUGCAGUGUUUUGUCAAGUAUUGUUUUCUCCACUAGAAUGGUUAGUCAGAAAGUACUGCAUCACAUUUUCUCCUCUAAAGCGGCACUGCCCUGAGUUUUCUUUAGUAAAGUAGCGCUAUCACUUACUGCGUUUUCUCUUUUAAACGGUUGCUCAUUGUAUCUUCUCUACCACAGAAGCAGGUUGUAGGGUACAGCAUGGCAUUUUCUCCGCUAGAACUGUGGGAGCUCACUUUGUUUUCCCCCAAAACAACACAUUUUGUUCACCAUUAGGGCCCCAUCAUGACAUUUUCUCAUCAUUUCUUUGUUUUCUUCACUAAAAUUGAACCUCAUUUUUUUGUGAAGUGUUUUUUCCAAUAUUGUUUUCUCCACUAGAAUGGUUAGACAGAAAGUACUGCAUCACAUUCUCUCUUCUAGAGCGGCACUGCCUUGCAUUUUCAGCCCUGUAUGAAGUUUAUUUUGUACUUUUUUUUUACUUCCUUGUUGAAAAAUUUGGUCGUCACUUAUUGAAGGAGCUCAAAGUCACUUGUGGGGUAGAUUUUAGGGGUUAUAGACCUGUGCAGAAAAGAGGAAGUGCAGGAAGUUGUUGACUUUUAAGUUUCCACCACAGUACUGCAGCUUUUUUCAUGGACGUGUGCAUGUUUUCUUAACAGAUAUCCUGUGUUUUUCUGGGUUUUCCUUUUUCUUUCACACCGGUUUCCUCUAUUGUUUCCUGUGUCUGUUGAAGGCAGGUGAAAAAUACAGUGAUUUGUAUGUUGGGCAUGUUGCAGCAGACUGAGAGAGUAAUAAGUUGCAGAGGGACUUCAGAAGUGUGUCAUGGUCCCGAGGGGGAGGAGAUGGGGCAGUUCGGAGCCUGUCACCUCAGGCAUCUCAGGAAAUGAAGACAUGGCUGCAGAGAAAAGACCUUUUUUUUUCAAACAGGGAGACACAAAACAGGACAUACUGUAUGUGUGUUGCAUGUUAGCGUGUUAGCGUUUGAGUGUUUGGAAAUGAAAACAGAGGUAAUCUGAUGGAGGAAGUUUGUGUAGGAUAGGAAUGAGAAAGUGGAAGAUAGACAGAGGGGGAAAUCUGUCCCUUCAUUCGCACGAUCUCACUGUUAAUGAUGAAGUUAAAAUGGCCCUGUAUGGUGCUGAGAAGAAAAAUGAGCCUCACUGUCUCAUUUAGUAUGUCCUUUAUGGUUAAGAUGAUUUCUCUGCAGUUUUUAGUAAACCCACAGAGGGAAAAGGCUCAUGGGAAAGGCCAUCCAAGACAUAAAUAUUGAAUAAACUCUGAAAUAGGUAUUUUUUUAAACAUCCGCCUUCAUCUAAACAAAAACAUACCCACAGGAUGAACUGUCGAGGAAGGAUCGAGGUCAUUACUGUCCUUUUCAUUUUUUCCCCCUCUUAUACAGUGACCGAUUAAAGGUGCAGUGCGUAGUUUUUUAGCAGUCUAAACUUAAAUUUCUGUUUUCAUGACUCGUAUUUGUGUUGUUUUGGGACAUCCCUUGUGUAAGUUAUAAAUAAAACAGGUUAAUAUGAGUGAGUCACCUCAGUCAGUCAGUGUAUAACCGGGAGUGCCGUCCUCUCUCUAAUCCCCUGCAGAGCAUGUGUCAGGCACAGCAGCUGAUAGAACUCACAAGAGAUUGUCUAAAUCAUUAAUUGCAGGUGGUGAUCUUCUGCAUAUUAAAAACGCAAACAAGAAUGGUCUGCCCAGGUGUUAUCUAUGUGUAGAAAAUACAUAGUUUUAAAGGCUAAUUUAGAGAUUAGAGAAAUGUUAUUAAAAAGCCAACAUUAAAAAAAAGGCAGGAGGAAAAUUCAGAAGAAUUUAAACUUAUCAAAAUUGUUUUUUUAUUGAUCGUAACCCACCUGACUUCAUGAUCAUCUUGUUAAAAACUGAUCAGCCUCGAUAAAGUGCUGUAGUUUGGUCCUGAUACUCAGGAGCUGAGGAGUCUUUCAUUCACACGCCCUCUCCUUAAGUCUCAUUGAGUCCUGUCCUCUGCCAGCGUCAGCCUCCUUGUUUCCUCACUUCGUUCACAGACACAGUGCUGUGAUGAGGGAUCACUGCCAGCUAAAGUUUUUGUGUGUGUGUGUAGACUCCGAGAAUGUGUGCGCAUGGGUAUGUGGAGCACUUAUAAAGAAGGGCAUGGUGAAAGAGGCAACAUGCUGCCAAUCGCUGGCUGCUUUUCCAGGAAGAGCACCCAGACCCCAAAGUCUAUCUCCAGAUAGGACUUGAUCAGAUUGAGUAUAUUUAGUGUCAUUUUGAGGGUUUGUGUUUUUUUUCUGUGCGUGUAUUUUUGUGGUAUUCAUGAUAUUGUCUUUGUGUUGUCAUAUUGAGCAGGUUGAAACCCUGUCUUUCUUUGAUUACGCUGAUUAAUAUCGACUUUAAGUGGGUUUUCUAAAAUUUUUUAGAUUUCAGUGAUUUUUUUUUUUGGUUUCACAUGUCACACAAAGACUUGGCCUGACCUCGGCCUCUCAGCUGCAUAUUGUUCUGUGAAAUUGCUACAACAGUUUUGCCAGUUAUGUAUUGGCAGACUUUGUUUCAUGCAGAAAUACAGUCAGUGUGCAAGAAGCAGGUGGAGCACAUCAGUGACAUCCCUUACUGGAGACAUGUUCAAGAAAGGGGGAUACUUAAUUGUAUCCGUUGCUUAUUGAAGAUACAAUAAUUGAAACAGCAUAAAAUGACAUAAACAGAACCUUAAAACAAAAUUUGCAAAGAAGAUUGGUACAUUUUGGCAGGAAAGUACUGAAUUGUAUGGGUACAAACUUAAACAGUACAAGAAUAAACAAGACAAACCAUAGUUGAUCUGUUCUGUCCCAUAAAAGAGAAGAGAGAAGGAUUUUUAGAGUCACAUUUUACUCCCUGACUGUAUGAACUGGUAUCACUAACAGACUCAGGUACCAGUAUCACAGGACAGCACCUUCAUGUUUUUAAGGGAUACAGAGAUCAGGAUGACGUGAUGAUGUGGCCGAACACUAGAUUCAGAAAUAAGGCCCUGAAGAGGAAGUGUUGUCAUUCUGUGCGAUCAUGUGUGCUCAGUUUUUGAAGCAGAAGUGAAACGCUGCUCUGCGCUUCCUCUCUCUGGUUUCUGAGAAGAAGAGAGCGCGUAAGAAGAAGUGAAGCAAGAAGAGACAGGAAGUGAGGAGAAGCACGCGUCUGUUCUGUUACAUCUGAUUCAUCUCUUACACAGCUAAACCUGUAGCCUGUAGCCUUUACAUCCAGACUGUGUGGGGGCUUUGCCUUCAGAUCUUGAGUGAUUUAUGUCAGUGAAUGCAGCGGAUAGUAACUGUCUCUGUUUGGUGUUAAAGGACCAUACCGCUCAUUUUUAUACAGUUUUCUCACACUUCCAUGUACUUUACAUCGAUAUUUCUAUAUUUGUUCAUGGUUUUAUGGUGUGAAAAAGGCAUACUGUUAGUUUUGAUCUCCUCCAGAAUCCUAUUCUGAUAAAUGAAUGGUGUUUUGUUUAACCUAAAUAGAUUUUACUUUUCCUGUGAGAAUAAAUCUGCAGCUGAAUCCGUUUUUAGGUUUAAAUUUUACAUGUACUAAACAUUUAGUGACAAUCAAGCUACGAUAACAACAGAGGCUCUAUCUGAAUAACAUUGAUUUGAUGUUUUGGAUAAACCAAGAUGUUCACGUUGUUUAAUUCAUGUUUAAUUUUUGUUAGCUGUCUCUUGCUUCCAUUAAAUUCUGCACAUAUUGACAUUUCAAGACCAGAUUCUUAUCAGUUAAAGCUGGAUAAUAAAUCAACAUAAAUAUUUAUAUUCAUUUUUGUUUGUUUUGGCAUUAUUCUCAUUGGAGAUUAUUUAGUGCAGACUUUAUUUACAAAAGGCAACUGCACAAGAAAUUUAGAGAUUAAACUUUCAUGAGAGAACAUAAUAAAAGAUCUAACUUAUAAAAGAUCUAAGUUAUCCUGCAUGCUCUUUAUAUUAACACACCAACAUUUCCACUCUAGUCGUGUUCGUCUGUGUGACAUUCUUCCCUCCCUCCCCUUUUGUUUGCUUUGUAAAUGAUCUGCAGGUAUCCAUGCAGUGAAUGCAAACUACCUGAAAACAAUAUUUGCAUAAAAUUUUGAAUUUCUGGCACAAUUGAAUAAAUAAGAAUAAAAACUGCUAAAAAAUUUUCCAGAAAUGUAAGGAAUGUACACCUGAGCUGCAGAAAAACUAACAAUUUCAUAGUCAAAACAGAUUAUUGUUAUUGUUUCUUAAGUUUAGAUAUUUUCUGUGUGACUCUUAGACGUGUUUAAAUGAUAAAAUAUGGUUGCAUAUUAAUUGAUGGUAUUAAAACAUACAUUUAAAACAGGAAAACCUCAUGUCUUGUCAUUUCUGUGAUAAAAUUUGUACCCUGAAGGAGUGAAUAUGUAAAAAUUCAAUGAUUCACCUUUUAUUUUGAAAUGUCUUUUUCAGAAGUUCCCCUGCAGACAUUUCCUUCCCCCCUUCACUGGUGUCUGUUUCUUUAAAACCUUUACUGUGAAGCGCUGAUGGACUGAUAGCUUCUGUGUGUGUCUGUGAAUGUGUAUGUUUGUGUCUACAGCCUCUAUUUACAUCAUAUCUGUGAUCUGGGAGGGAAAAUAUGGGCCUGACCUCCACGCUGCGCCCUUCAUUAGAGCUUUUUCUCUGCUAGACGUCUUAUUUUUAUGAUCUGUAUCUACCAAAAACAGUUUUCUCUCUACGGCAGCAGAUAUUUCAGUCUCCUGUCUGUGUGAGAAGGUAAUAAAGAACAUUUAAAUAUACAGUGUAUAGUAGCUGCAGCCCGGGUGCUCCAGAUUUUGUAAACACAGCAGCUUAAAGUCAAGCAGCUGCUCUUCUAAACACACACACACACACACACUUACACACACACUCUGCAAUAUACCGUGGGAAGGAUCAUGCUCUGUCUCCUUGUUUAACGUCCAGGAAGUAUUUCAUUUAGUCACGCCUCUAAACUUCAAAGUCUGUUUCAUUCAAUCAUGGUGUCAUCCAUGUUCUUCCUCAUCAUGUGAUGAAUAACUGAUUUUAUUUGAACUCUAAUUUCUCGUGUGUCUCCUUCUGCAGCCUCCUCUCAUCCAGGCGAUCUUCAGCGGAGACCCCGAGGAGAUCCGAAUGCUCAUUUACAAGUCUGAAGAUAUCAAUGCUCUGGUGAGGAGACACAGAGACACACAGUUUUGAUGAAAAUAAUAACAAUAAUAAUAACACAUUUUUAGUGCCCUUUACAUCUUAAAGGCAAAGAAAUAUCACAGUAAAGGAAUAUAAAAACAGGUUAUUGGUUGAAAAACAAGAGAAACAUCUCAUUAAAAGAGUAAAAGCAAGAUAAGCAGGUUUUUUAGAGGUGUCAGAUUUUUCUAGAAUUCAGGCUUGGUGGCUAAAACCCUGAGCAAACCCAGAUAUAAGAGGGUUUAGUACCUUAAAAUAGAUUCAAAGCCGUAAUUGAAACUCCAAAUUUAAAUCAGUGCAGCCAAAAAAUGACUAAAACCCUAGAAGGUGACGCUGAACAUACUACAGAUGAAAAGCGCUUCACUUCGGAGACCAAACUCUGGUCCUAGUGACACAAGAUUUCAAUAUUUCCGAAGUCCGCAUUCAGAAAAUACAAACCCAGCUCCAUGUCACUCUUCUUCGUCUUCUCUGCUUUCACUUCCUGCAGCAGUCAGCACCCGAGGGAGAGCGGGGCAGGUCAAGAGUCAGCGGAGCAAAGUUCAGAGUGUGUUUUUUUUUACAUCAUGUGUGUGUAAAGAUGCAGAACACGUGUGUAGGCGGGCAGAGCAGGAUGCGGGCAGGCCUGCAGUCCUGGUCUCUGCUGGAUUCAGUGUGUUUGCUCUCUGAUGAUGGCUUCAGGAGGACUCCCCUACAUUUGGGUCCUCCUCUGAUGUGUUUUUGGUGUCUGGGCUGCAGUUAUACGAGUGUGUGUGUCUGUGUGUGUGUGAGCUGACUCUGUAGAACAAUGGUUGUGUUGACACUGACAGCUGCUGUCACUGAUCCUCUGUGAGCUGAUCUCACAGCCUCCUCUGUUCACUCCCAGAGAGGAAUCCUGGGUAAUAGAUACGAGCUUAGCAGGCAGUAUUGUGUGUGAGAGAGUCGCACUCUUACAUGAUAAAAAUUAAGUUAAUUAACUCUGUUUAUGUUGCGCCAUUUGCACAAAAAAUGCCGCUCCAAGUACUUAAAAACAAGAAGAUAUAUGCUGGGAGUGCUUGACAUGAAAAUUGAUACACAAAAACAUAACUUAAACACUUGAGAGUAUAACACAAUAUCAACUUACAUGCAGACCGAGACUCUGGGGACUCCAGUAGAGUUACUCUCUUAAUUUGAUUGUAUGCACAGCUCUCAUUCUGAUUACAAACUAAACCAUGGUCUCUUAAGGAUGAAUGCAGAUUAUGAAAGAUAAAACUGUGAUUCAUAUUCCAAACAUAAAAAAAGUACAAACAAACAAACACUAACUGAGUGACUUCCUCUCUCAGGAUUCAGAGAAGCGCACUCCGCUGCAUGCCGCUGCCUUCCUGGGCGAUGCAGAGAUCACCGAGCUCCUCAUCCUCUCUGGUAAGACUUGUUCUUUUCGUCUAAAUCAUCUGCAUGAGUUUCCAUCUUCUUCUAUUUUUUUUAAAUCUCAGACAGUGAUGACUUGUCCCAAAUAACACAACAAGUUAUCUAAUGUUUACAAAAGCCUGUAGUGCACCUACAUAAUCGUGUAAAAAAACCAACAUAGUCUGUGUGUUUACAUCCUAGAAUGAUAGAAAAAGGCUGUCAGGAGGCUUGGGAGUGUUUCAAAAUAGAGUAAAGAGAGUUUUACAUGAGGAUGUGCCACUGGUUAAACACUAAGUAUUUAAAAAAUGUAUUAUUGAUUCUUCCUCUGCAUCACAGUGCUAAGAGACGGCUGAUUCUUUGAAGUCUUGCAGCUGUCUUUUUGAGGCAAUAUUCUGAUAAAUGCAACAUAGGAAGCUGUUAAAGUUGCGAAAUUAUAGGUUUGAUCAUAUAUCUGCUAUCCAUAUGUAAACAGACAUCCAUGUCUAUAAAAAAACUACAUUUUAUUUGUGAUGUAAAUGACAGAACGAGUCUUUUAGUGUGUUUAUUCAGCUGCAUUUUCAAGGCAGCAACUAUACUUGUCAGCAGGUUGAAUUUAUUGUUCGGCUUUUCGUGGGAUUUAUUAAUAACUAAGAAGAAUGUGGGAUGCGGCUGGAAUGGCCUAGAUUCAGAUCAUUGAUUUAGUAUCAUAAGUUGAUAAAAUUCUAGUGUUUUAGCCGGUCAGUAACCUCCAGGGUUGACAAAUGAAGCCUGCUAGAGGUCUGCCUCUAAAAGCUGAAGAAUCCCCACUAACACCUGUGAAGGGGCGAUCGUGUGUCAUGUGACAAAGACCUUUUUUUAUACAUGUGUGUACAAAAGAGGCCGAAAGGAAAAGGGUCAAAUUAAAAGAUGGCGCUAAAUGAAGAAUCAUCAAUCACUUGAUACCUGAACAGUGUACACAUUCAGAAUAAAACCGUCAUGUGACUCAACAGAAAUGAACAGAUCAAACUUUUACUUUGAAAACCAUCCAGGACCUUUCAACUGUAUUUGAUACAAUAGUAGACACAGAUAUUCUUAAUUUGAGUUUGGUAAUCUGUGUUUUCGCCAAAAGACACACAUGACUUUCAAUUCUUAGAUUCUCAUCGCCGGUCUGUAAGCACUGACUUGUUGACUCACUCACAAAGAUGAAAAUGAAGACUUUGGUAGGAAUACAUGAACAGAACGGAGACAUUACUUGAUGCAGAGAAACUCAUGCUAUUAAAUCCCAUAUUUUAUGUAUUUGGCUCAUUUCUUUAGGAGUGGUGGGGGUCAUCUUGGGAUGGUGGGCCAUCAUUCAUAAUUACUGGCUGAAUACUAAUUUCAGCUUUUAAAUGUCAAUGACUUUUUGAUGUUCAAACUUCCUUUAAAUCCUGGCUGUCAUCCUAAUAACCCUUACCUGUGUUUUACAGCAGAUUCAAAAAUGUUUACGGCCUGCUACAAGUAAUGGUUUUGGUCGUAGUUAGUCAUCUUAAUAUGUACUCAAAGGGAUGAAGCUGUUUGCCAAGAGGCUGAAGACCUGCCUCAACUCCUCAUUGUCUGUGUCUAAAUUGACCAAAAAGUUAUUAAGUCAAUAAUUCGAAUAUGUCCCUCACCAUCGUUUGACUUAAGAAACCAAUGGUUGACCCCAUCGAGACUGCAUCCAUCUUUCAUUGAGUUUCAGCCCAUGUAAAGUGGUUGUUAAUGAAGUCCAACAAAUCAGCUGUGACUUCAUCCAAGUUUCUUUAAAGUUGUUUAUAUUGACAAAUGAAACCUGCAGGCCCGUGCAUCUCCUCCACUCUUUUUUGCUAACACUCAUGGCUGUCUGUGGUUGGUUGGUUGGUUAACUCGACUGUGUCAUAUUUCUGUCUUCUUUUUCUGCCCCUUUUUUCUCUGCAGGGGCUCGGGUCAAUGCCAAAGAUAACAUGUGGCUCACCCCCCUCCAUCGCGCUGUGGCAUCACGGAGCGAGGUGAGCACACACAAACAAGCCUGCCCUACUAACAGAGGACUUUGACUCUAAACGGACCAAAAGGGGAUUUAUGGUCAUUUUAAAGGGCAAAAAUAGAAUAGAAAAUGAAAUUUGGGAAUUAUUAAAAAGCCUCAGGUUUGUUGCAAAUCCCUGCAGCUGUUGGUGCGCUGUUGGUAAAAAUACAUAGAUAAGGGAUUUUCAUAUAAUUUUAGCUUAAUUCAAACCAUGUUUAACAGGUGGUCUUAAAAAGGUCCCCAGUUAGUGGACGAGUCCCCUCGAGAUGAGCGUGUAACAACAUCAAAGUUCCCUGUUUGUUAGAUACACAAGUACUCGCACACACACACACCCACUGAGUCCAAUUCUUCCUCGAAGAAUAAAACAACUCCCACAGUGUUUCUCACAAUGACUCAGGUGUCAAAGAGCUGACAACACCUUGUUGUGUUUACCUGAUAACACUCUUACUCAUCAGUUCCAGCCCCUCCCAGCACUCACUCACUCACUCACUCGCUCGGCUCUCCGCUUUACAUUCAUACUCUGUAAAUCUGGGUCAAAACAUUUCAUCAGCCUCAUCAUCAUCAUCACUCUCAGUGCCAGAACAGGUAAUACUGCAUGGCUGAGCAGCUGCAGGAGGAAUUUUAGUGGCUUAAAGGAACGUAGUUGUGAAUGGCAGCAGGUGUAUUGUUUCAUCUGUUGUGACUCUCUGGAAUUUACUUACCAGGAAAAACAUACUGACACACUCUGAACUUGAUAUUUUGAAUACGUCGUUGGAUACUUGAUGAAUAAUCCUCUAGUUUGUGGAUCUAAAAACGCUUAACGACCACGCCACACUGCAGGAUUACAUUUGUCAUCUUUGCUUGUUUACAUCUGGGUUGUAGAGGAUUAUAACAUUAACAGGAGCCACAGCCCAGACUAGUAGCUGCAGUUUAGGCUUAUAGUAAUAGAAAUAUUAAUAGUUGAUGUAAAGGGAUAUUCCGGCAUAAAAUUAAUUUGGUCCAUUAUGGACUGCUGCGGGGUUACGCAGCUCAAGGAAGAACAUUUAUGAUCAUUUCUUUAUAAUUUCCUUCAAGUAAUAAUCAUCAUAUUAAUCAUUUUGCUCUGCAGACUCUGUAGUUCUUCUGCCUUAGUGUCUCGGUCUGAUUGCAUUUUAAUGAAGAAAUGAUAAAUGAAUCUAGUGCUGACUUGCAAGGGUGACUACAUCAUAUCAUUUUACCGCUAAAUAAAUCAUCCAAAAAAUACUCAAAGAGAUUUAUGAGAGAUAUCUUUAAAAAUGUUUGAUAAAUACCUUUAAAUAAAACAUUUCUUUGACUUAUAUCUUCAGGAGGCGGUGCGAGUUUUGAUCCGUCACUCUGCUGAUGUCAACGCUCGGGACAAGAACUGGCAGACGCCGCUUCACGUCGCCGCAGCCAAUAAUGCGCUGCGAUGCGCUGAGGUCAUCAUCCCACUUUUGAGCAGCGUCAACGUGUCGGACCGCGGUGGGCGCACUGCUUUGCAUCACGCCGCCCUCAAUGGCCACACUGAGGUACUGCAGGAGCUCAGUUAUUUAUGUGUUGUGCACAUUUCCAGCUUUGAUAUAUUAACUAAUGAACAGGUGUAUUCAACUUGUGUUUCUCCAUGAUAUAUUCACUAACAAACAGGUGUUAGGUGUGUUUAGCUUGUUUCCCUCUGCCAAAUAUUCAUUAAUAAGUGGGCGGUGAUGUAACCCUCCUUUGUGCUAUUGUUGCUGAAGCCUGUCGGAGGAAACAGGUGGGUGAGUGCAGCUGCACCUCUGUUGUUAUUAAGUGGGCUGCUCAUUUUGAAACACUCUCGUCUCCGGGAGAAUCAUUCACAAGUGCGCUGAAUCUAAAAUUAACAAUGAGAGGCAGCAGAAUGAACGCCUUCUUCUAUUCCUGCCCAUCCCGGCCUCUCCUGACUGUUUAUGCAACAGCUGAGCCCAGUGAUGAGACAUGUUUACAACGUCGUUAUAUAAAGACAGUCGCCCACGCUGACACAUGCAGGGCCUGCUGCGCACACUCAAACAUAUAAACACAAAUAUACUCCUCUUAGAUUACCUCCCUGAUUUUCCCCUCCUUGUGCUUCUUAGAUGGUGAACCUCCUCCUCGCCAAAGGAGCAAACAUCAACGCCUUCGAUAAGAAGGACGGCCGGGCGUUGCACUGGGCUGCUUUCAUGGGUGAGAAACAAAGAAAGAGUUUAUCAGAGGCGAAUUUAACGCCUUUGAGUAGGUCAUGGCACAUGUGUGUGAAAAAAAAAAAUUAGAUCAAUAGCCGGGGGAUGUUUUUGAUCGAGCUCGAGCUGUGUGGAGGGUUUCUGGUUUUUACGCCAGAAGAAAACCAAGUGGGUGAUUAAACAAUGAAACAAAAAGCAAAAAAACAUUUUCAGAGUGUUAAAAAAACACUCAGAAAAAAACUGAGUAAGUUUCAGGUUUUAACAAAUAUUUCUUGUAUCCAAAAAGGCUCAAAAAGACUUCUUAUGGUUUUUAAAUAGUUUUGACAAAGAUAUGUGUCUAAAUGUUUUGACCAGAAAACAUUUCUACAAAAUGAUAAAUGUAUAAAUUUAAAGGCUUUUAAACUCAGUGAUUUAUUUUGUAAUCAGACUUUCUACUUUAGUAAAAGAAACAAUGAAAUAUUGUAAAAUUAUCCCCUUAAAGAGUCCUGCAUUCAAAACCAGAAGUAACUUCAACAAAAUGUGCUUUUGAAAACACUGAAUGAAAAGUGACAGCACUCACACAGGAGAAUAAACUUUUUUAGAAGAAGUAAACAAGAAAGUUUGAGUCUCUGACUUUUUAAAGUUUGCACAGCUGGAGUAAAAUUCAGUUACUUCAUGCGGUACCAGGAAGCCUGGCAUUUGGUAAAAUUAAUCACAAUCAAUCGCAUAAUUUUAACAGUUGAUUGCAGUUAAUUACAUAUUAAAUCAUCUGUUUAGAAUUACAUUAUCCUGCAUUUUGAAGAGUUUUGAUUGGAUAAUCAAGAGAAUGCAAUGAAAUGUAUUUUACAAUCUUGAGUUUUAGAUUUUUUUUAUUCAAAUAAAUACUCCAGAGUGCCUCAGAGAGCUUAUUCUGCCAAGUGGAGGGUUUGUUUCUUUCUGUCAUACUUGGAAAAAUGUGCCGGAGUGGAAAGCAUGAGGUUCAGAUCAGGGUGUUUUUGAUAAAUCACUGGUGUCCAAGGAUCCCUGGUUAAUGCAACAGCAUUUGCAUUUUUUUAGGCGUUCCAGUUUGACGUCUUUCACUUUUUCAUGCAUGAAACUAAAAAACUGGUUUUGUGUCCAUUCACAAAUAGCUUAGCUCAUAGCUGGUAGUUCAAAUCCAGAGCUCCUCGGUGAUCCUUUUUUUUGUCCCUGCAGGUCAUCUGGAUGUGGUGUGUCUGCUGGUGAGUCAGGGGGCUGAGAUCAGCUGUAAGGACAAACGGGGAUACACUCCCCUCCACACGGCGGCCUCCAGCGGACAGAUCGCUGUGGUCAAACACCUGCUGAACCUGGCUGUGGAGGUCAGACCUCACACAAAGAUUCACGGUUUUACACAAACAUACGCCCUGAAACACAUCUUCUCUUGGCCAUCACAUCAGGUCUUUGCCUUACUUUAUCAACAGAUCGACGAGUCCAAUGGGUUUGGGAACACGGCGCUCCACUUGGCGUGCUUUAAUGGUCAGGACGCUGUUGUCAGUGAGCUGAUUGAUUACGGCGCCAAUGUCAGCCAGCCCAACAACAAAGGUUUCACCCCUCUGCACUUUGCUGCCGCCUCCACACAUGGAGCGCUCUGUCUGGAGUUCCUGGUUAACAAUGGAGCUGAUGUCAAUGUUCAGGUACUCCAUCACAUAAUUUUUAACAAAAGUAAGAAUUAGUUUUUUUUAUUAUUAUUAUUAGCAGAAUGUCAAGAAAUUAAUCUGAUUCUUCUCCUCGCCAUCUUUAGAGUCGCGAUGGGAAAAGUCCUCUUCACAUGACGGCGGUUCAUGGACGCUUCACCCGCUCACAAACUCUUAUCCAAAAUGGUGAGACCUCUUCACUCGACAUGUCUUGUCUCUGUAUCUCUAAAUCUGCUCAUACUAAUAUAACCUUUAACUCAGGUGGAGAGAUCGACAGUGUUGACAAAGACGGAAACACUCCUCUUCACAUUGCUGCCCGUUAUGGUCAUGAACUCCUCAUCAACACGCUCAUUACUAGUGGAGCAGACUGCACAAGGUUUGCCAUCAGAUUGUUUAAAUUUGUACUUAAAUUCUUGAUAAAGUUAUCCGGUGUUUUUUUAAAAAAGAGGUUAUUGUUUCUUUCUCUAAAGACGGGGAGUCCACGGCAUGUUUCCUCUCCACCUGGCUGCCUUGAACGCUCACUCGGACUGCUGCAGGAAACUGCUGUCCUCAGGUAGCAGACACCAUCAACUACUGUCAUUUUCUUUCAAUGAAUUAUAAUCUGUAUAAUCUAGAAUAUAAUACGGUUUAUCAGGUAAAUUUAUGAGAGCAGCCCAGUUCUCUAGUGAGCUAAAAAGUGGACUGUAAGAUCAUUGUGAUGUUCUGUCCUCUGAUACUUUAUGUGAGGAUUGAGUCAAAUAAGUGAAAUACUCGUUUGUUUUGAUUAAUAAUGAGUUUAUCAGGUCUGUUAUUCUGCUCCUAAGGAAUCUACAACCAUGAGCAUGCUCAUUAAAAAGCUUUAUUUAAAAGAGGAGGCAAUAACAAACACUGAUUUUAGACAAAAAUAGCUCUUUUGUGUUGAAAUUUGAUUCAGUUUUACAAUUCAGGGCCUGAUUUUUCACUCCCAGCAAUCAGAGAGUGGACUGAUCGGAUGUUUGUCAUACGCUGUUAGCAAUUAGCAAGCUAAUAGCUAAUCAGACUCGGAAUCAGAAAUACUUCAAUAAUCCCCAAAUUGCUUUACCUGGUAGUAACUUCAGUGCAAAGAAAGUAGAAAGAGGGGAUAAAUAAAAGAUAAAAUUAGUAAAAAAUGAAGAGAAGAUAUACAAGUAUGUACACUUUAUACAACACAAAAUAGUAAAAUAACAGCUAUUUUCAAUGUCUAUUAAACCAAAUGCAGCUUUUGAAAGCUAAUCUUUUAGCCUUUACAUUGUUAGCACUAGCUUUAGCCUUUUAGCCUGGUGUAACGAACGUGUUUCUAGUUACUUAUUUCCUUUAAAUACCAUUUAAAACAUAAAGAGUUACAUAAGUACCAAUAAUCUUCAAAAAUGUAAGACAAAUACAUUAUUUAUAAACAACUGUCAGAGGAACUUUGCAUGUAGCCUUGCAUUAGCUUGUUUGACUAGCAAGCAAAGCUUUUACAUGUGUUCGUCAAAAUAAAACCCUCUCCGGGUGGUAGAUGUAUUAAAAAGUGUUUUUUUUAAAAUGCCCAGUUAUUGUCCAACUUCAUUGAUAAUGAGUGAUUAGCGCUCUGAGAUUUGAGCUGAUUUAGAGUCUGUUUCUGUAAAAACACAAUGAGGUUUGAGCUCGGUUGUUUGUCUUUCUCCCGUCAGUGAAUUCCUUCACAAACACUCACAUUCAGCUCGGUCCAAAUUCAAGUCACAAUGUUCCAGCUACAGAAAAGGCCUCUGAGUCUAAUUACUCACCGAUCGGACCACUCUCCCUCUGGACAGGAGUGUGUUUUUACUAAAAUCUCCUCUUAGUAAAUCAACAUUGAUGGUUAAAAUCUUGUUUAUGUUUCAAGAAAUUUCCUUACUGCUUUUGGCCAUGAAAUAAUUUGUCUUUCCACUCAUCCCCUGUGUUUUUCGUCAGGAUUUACUGCGACAGAGGAGACCGGUUUAUUAAACAAAUGUGAAGUAGGGAAAAAGGGAAAAGACAAAAAUCCUCUCUGGCUCCAGAUCUCUUUAGAUGGUUUAGAAAGGCGCUGGUUUCUCGUGUCUGCAGGCGUGGAGCAGGAUGAAUCUGUGCUCCUCAUGUGGCUCUGCUGAGUCGCUGUAGUGAAACAACAAAGAAGUCAUUUACAUGUGUUUCAGUCUCUGUGCAGCUGCAGUGUUGCGUACGGUCAGGGUUGUUGUUUGCAGCCGGAGCUUUUUGUAAUUUGUUGCACUAAAUCUGGAGCUGAAAGUCCCUGAAAGAAAGCAUUAGACCAGGCAAACUGUGACCAAUAAUGGAUGAAAAACUUCGACACAAGGUGAAACAAAAGGCAGUCAUAAUACAUCCACUUCAGGUGGUCGAUUUUUUUUUCUGCACUCAGCCUGUCGGCACAAAAGGUCAAGUGAAUCUGUCCUCAAAAGUCUGAAAAUUUAAAGGGAUAUUCCAGCGUAAAAUUAAUUUAGGGUCAAUCACACCGUAACACCGAGUUAGACACCCCCUUGAGGGAUAAAUGUUGCCGACCGCUUGCUUCUCUCUUAGUGAGACCUUGGGCAAGUCCAUCGACUGCAGCGGGGGGACGCAGCUCAAGGAAGAACAUUUAGGAUCAUUUCUUCAUGGAAAUGCAAUCAAACGAGACGCAAAGGCAGAAGAACUACCGUGUCUGCAGUGCAAAAUGAUUAAUACAGUGAUUAUUACUUCAAGGAAAUGAUAAAGAAAUGAUCAUAGAUGUUCUUCCUUGAGCUGCGUCGUCGCGCUGUAGUCAAUGGACUUGCCCGAGGUCUCACUACAAACAAGCAGCUGCUGGAAGAGAGUAGGUGAGUUGUGUUUAGUCUCUUUGCUAAAGAAAUUAGACAAAGCUAAAAAGAUGUUUGGUGGCUAGUGCUGUGGCUGGGACCCUAUAUGUCCUGUUGAUGAAGUUAUGUGCUGUUCUGAGCAUUAUUUAUUUGUGGCUAUAGAGUGGCGUUUUGGUUGAGGUUUGUUGAUGGCUUUGUUGGUGGAAGAUCCCUUUAACAGCAGGUUAAUUGAUUUGGGUGCUUUUUCUUCCUUUUCUGGUAUGUUUUAAGUUUUUAUGUAGAACAAGUAACCGUCGAUCAACCCUCAGCCCGUUCUCAUCUUGUACCGUCUCCUUUUUAUUACUAAGAAUCAAAUCAGGACAAAACAAAACAUCAAAAUCAAAGUGUUGGCUAUUAGAAGAUUCAGAGAAUCUGGAGAAAGGACCAAAACCAACACUAGAUGGCAUUAGCAUUAAAAACAGACCAGACUCUGUGAUGGAAAUCACUGCAUGGGUUUAGAAAUACCCCUUCAAACCAAUGUCUGUGAAUACAGUAUGUUGCUACAUCCUUGAAUGUAGGUUGAAGCUGCUUUAUGCAACCAUCAUAGACAUGAAUACUCUCUACUGUAGUUUCUGUUUCAUGUUGUUAUUUGCUUUAAAUUAUUGUAUAGGAUUCAUUUCCAAACAGAGCCGCUUGCUGCUCUUUUUCUCUCUCUUGUUUUAACUUGUAUGUCUCAUAUCUGAUCCGUCUUUGUUUCCUUAUGAUUCAUCGGCUCUCUCUGUGUUUAACACGUAGCUCGCAGACUUCUUUGUGUUUUCCUGUGCACCGUCACCUAACCUCCGUCCUCACCUGUCGCACUUAUUCCUGUCUUUCUCUCCUUCCUGUCUCCGUGUCCCUUUCUUCUGUCCCUCUCUGUGUCUCCACUGCUGCUGCUGCUGCUGUGUCUUGUCUGGCCUCCCUUCGUCUCCCUGUGCUGCCCUCUUCAGGUCGGAGGUUUAGCAUAAUGUGUAACGACUCGGUCCUAUCUGCAGGCUUCCAGAUCGACACGCCUGACACUUUGGGGAGGACCUGCCUGCACGCCGCUGCUGCUGGAGGGUGAGCAACAGUGACGUUUACGACAUAAUAAGCCAAAAAUGAAUAAAUGAAUUUUUAAGCUUUAAUUUUAAGACCUUAGACUUGUUCCUUUGACGGGAAACUUCACACCUACACGUAAAAUUAAAAAGUGCAGUGCAAACAACUCAUACUGGAGGUGGAACAGGAAUUGAGGUCACCAAAAUCUUAGUUGUAAUCAUUCAUUGCACAAGAAAAUGGAGCAUGCACCACCAGGGCAAGGAGAAAGGAGGAUUAUUUAGAAGGAGGUUUGUGUAAUUUUCCCCUUUGCCUCUUUUUGGCUGACCUGAUCUUUGUUAAAAACCUGUGGGAAACCUUACUGCUCAUUUUCACUCCAUCUUAAUUCUUUACCACGGUCUCACAUAGCUGCAAAACAACCAGAAAGCAGAUGAAAAGACAGAUACAACUUUAUAACUACUUGAAAAUUAAAGCUGUAUUCAGGGAUUUCUUUAUGUUACUGGGGAUAAAAUCAAUUCUUUCUUAAAAAACUGAUAAGAGUCUCUUUUUUAAGCUCUAAUUUUGUUUUUCCUCUUCUUUACAGAAACGUGGAGUGUGUGAAGUUGCUCCUGAGCAGCGGAGGAGAACACAACAGGAGGGAUAACUGUGGCAGGUAAGAGCGUGCAUCAUUUUUUAAAAAAAUGUAACACUGUCAGAUAAAAAGCAGAUAAGUACAACUGAGUGUUUGCAAGACUUCAAUGAAAUAAGCAGACAUGCAAAACGAGAAAAUGAUUUAUUCAAUGUUUUAACUUAAAUGUUUAAUCUUCAGUUUGUUCCUGUGGAAAGGUGCUGGUCACCUGCUUUUGCUCUACAUACAGACUGUUUUUUUCUCCAGACAUCAAAUCCAGCUCAUACCUGACUACUCAAUGUUACUCAGACUACAAACACAAAUCCAAACACCUCUCAUACUAGAAUCUAGGCCUCUGCUUAUAGAGCUGAGAGUUUUAACCCUGCCCCUUUUCAUCUCUAUGAAGUUUAAAAACCCCAUAUUUUAUCUCGGACUCUCAGAUCCUCUGAUCAGAACCUUCUGACUGUCCCUAAGUCAAGAUUUAAGAUCAGGGGUGACCGAGCCCUUUCAGUUACUGCGCCUAAACUCUGGAAUGCUCUUCCUCUUCAUGUCCGACUGUUCCCCUCACUGCCUGUUUCUAAAUCAGACUUGGAGACGCACUUUUACUCCUUGGCUUUCGACUCUUGGGAACUUGGCCUUUUAACCAUGUGCUGUUUUUGAUGUGGUCCUGUGUCUUUGUUUUAUUGUUUGUGUUAAUUCUGUUUUUAUUGUUUUUUUAAUUCUACUGUACAGCACUUUGGUCAGCGUUUUGUUGUUUUUAAAUGUGCUUUAUAAAUGAACUUGGAUUGGAUUAAAUUUAAGAUGAAGCCUUGAUUCAGAGGGAGUCACUCAACAGGACAAGUUGUGGGCUGGGUCCCUUUAUUGUCUUUAGCCGUGUGUGUGUGUGAAUAGGUGUAAGACGAUUAAGCGGGGUGUGUGUGAGUGUGUGUGAGUGUGUGUGUGAGCCAAGUUCUCCUCAAUUAUUGGAGUCAAAUACUCAAUGAGUCUUUUUUUGUUGUUGUUGUUAAAGGUCAGUCUGAUUCAACCCGCCGGGACAAACCUCCUGAUUAACUGAUCUUAAUAACAGGUCAUGGAUUGUUCAGUCCUCUCUGAGCUUUUAGGAACAAUAGCAUUAACAUUUCCUCAAGGACGCCCUGUCCACAUGUUGUUGGCAUUGAUGAAGUAACUGUUGCAUCAUCACAGAUGCUCAGAGUGAAAAGAAAAUGACAAUUAGAGGAAAACACGACUGAAACACUCAGCACCUCUGAGUGAAGCAUCGGUGUCUUGUGUCCUAAAUCUAAGCUGAAAAGCGUCAUCUUUGUUCCCACAGGACCCCACUCCACUACGCUGCAGCCAGCCGCCACUAUCAGUGUCUGGAGACUCUGGUUGCUUGUGGGACCGCCAUCAACGCCACUGACCAGUGGGGGCGCUCUGCUCUGCACUAUGCUGCUGCCUCAGAUCUGGACCGAAGGUGAGGAGGAUUGAACAAAAUGAACAAAAAAAGAGGAGACAGGAAGUAUUUUCCUCUGAAGUCUGUUCACACCCCGUCUCUGGUGUGAAUCUGAGCGUCUCUCUGCUGUUGUCGCAUAUAGAAAAACCUCAAAGUUCACACCUCCCUGUUUCUAUGGCAACUAGAGGUGACUCCAAGGUGAUGAGAGUCAUGUGAGGAUGAGAGGAUUAGAGGCUGCUCAGUUCAUGAUGCAGCACACACACACACACACACACACACACACACACACACACACACACACACACACACACACACACACACACACCCAUCUUGUGGUUAUAUACUGACCUGAGAAUCUGCAGGUGUCUCUCUAUAAAAAUAACAUCUCUCUCCCUUUUAUCUCGCCCCUCCCUCCUCAUCUCGCCUCCCCCCUCCUGCAGGCGUCGAGUCGCUCUGGAGCCGGAGAGUGAAGGAGUUCAGGCUGAGAGGGAAAAAGAGGCAGCUCUGUGAGUGUUUUUCUCGCUUUCAUCAACCCAAAAAUGGAAAACAAAGUCAAACUGAUAUUAUUUUAAGGUUUGGUAGAUUAGUUAAACUAACAAAGAGGCCGAGCUGCUGAGGAUCCCUGUGCUUCAGGUACACUGAGUAAAAUUUAGUGGCAUUUUCCAAAGACAUGAAAUGUAUUUAGCAGAAGUUUGUUUAAAUUAUUUCACUUCAAAUAAGAUAUCGUCUUUGUCUCGUUUCUGAUGACUUACAAAGACUGCAGCAGGUCCUCCCUUAAUAUGACCCUAAUACUCCACUGAACUUGUUGGUUUUGUUCAUCAUCACUUCACUGAUAUCAGUGUUUGUUACCAAAACAAUGAAAAACUCAUUAAAGUUCUCUCAGAGCUGAGUCAUUAAGAUGAAAUCACUGAGAUAAUCUCCGCCUCAAAACUUGAAAUUGCUGAAUCUCUUGUGUCUGUUGUGGAUGAUACCAUCUCUAUUGUGGAAAUCUCCUUUCGUUCCUGUUGUCUUGGUGACGGGAGAGAUUGGCGAGGAAGCGUCCCAUUCUAGAUUCUUACACACUUGAUCUUUAACUCACUCCAAAAUAAAAGAAAAGACCGAACUAUUCCUUUAACGUUAACUUUUAGCUAACAUGCUAUACUAACUGAUGUGCUUUUUUAGUUUAAACUAUGAAUAUGUACAUAUUUUUCCCCAUCUCUUUGUGUUUGAGGACUUUUCUUGGAAUCAAAAUGCUACAUCUCCGCGUUUUUAAACCCCCUCCCCCCUGAAAAAAUGUGAAUUAAUCCACAGUUUUUGUCUUUGUGCUCCAGAUGUUUGGAGUUCCUGCUGCAGAGCGGAGCGACGGCGUCUCUGAAAGACAAACAGGGUUACAGUCCUGUUCACUACGCUGCAGCCUAUGGACACAGGCACUGUCUGGAGCUGGUCAGUACACACACACACACACACACACACACACAGAGGAAAUAGCUGUAUCGUCGGAUAAUGCCUGCAGGAGUUUUCUCCGUCUCCUGGCUGAUCAUAUUUUCUCUGCUCACCACGCAAAGACAUUCCAGCUUCGAUGUGAUUUGCGUCCAAAAUUUCCUGUUUUUUUUUUUAUAUUCAGAUAAUUUUGUUAGAAGUUUUUCUGAUGUUUUUUUGUGUCACGCUGCAGCUGCUGGACAGAGACGACAGCCACCAAGACGACCCAGAAUCUCCAAACGCCCGGAGCCCUCUUCACCUCGCCGUGAGUUUGACCUUUCAUCUCCUCGCUUUUCUUCUUAUUCUAACCCUCUUGCCUGUUUCUCAUGGUCUCCCCUCAUUUAAGCAUCAUAUUUAACACUGCGUCUCUGUGCAGGCGUAUCACGGUCACGCUCAGGCUCUGGAGGUGCUGCUGCAGGGGGAGAGGGAUGUGGAUCAGGGGGAUGAGUCAGGGAGGACCCCUCUGGCCCUUGCUGCCCUUCGGGGCCACACAGACUGUGUCCACACGCUCCUCUCACAGGGGGCGUCACCGCGCACCACGGACACCCAGCACGGACGCACACCUGUUCACCUUGCAGGUUGGUUUCUGGGUUUUUCCUGGAACUUCAGCUCCUCAUGUUUCUCCAGUAUUUAGAUUUUUGGUGCAUGUGUUUGUGCAGGAUCUUCUCUCUUUGCAUCAGUGAGUCAUUAAACUAUCUAAUAAUAAACAUUGCAGUCACACUCUUCAUUGUUCUCCCUCUCCUCUAGUGAUGAACGGUCACACGACGUGUGUGCGCCUCCUGCUGGAUGAAUCAGACGGUGCAGAGCUCGUAGAUGCUGCAGACUCUCAGGGACAGUGAGUUCUCAUCAUGAUUUCCUCUCUCUCUCUGUGUUUUAUUUUAUUUUUUUUACUUUUUCGCUCUGAUUCUCUAAUCUUUUCUUUUCUGCAGGACUCCAUUGAUGCUGGCAGUGGCUGGAGGUCAUGUGGACGCCGUGUCGCUGCUGCUGGAACGGGAAGCAAACGUGAACGUGGCGAAUAAACACGGGCUGACUGCGCUGCACCUCGGAGUGAGCUUAAAAAAAAAGCUUUGAACUUUUUGUGUUGUGUUUUCCUUUCUUUCAGACAUUUCAAGACUGUUUUAGCGUGAUUGUAAGAACAUAAUUUUAGAGUGUUCCUCUUUAGAUUUGGGCAACAGCGCAGAUUUAUCAGAUCUCAGGACAGUUUUCUCAUGAACGUGGAUAAAUCAUAUCCAAUACGGAGAGAUUUGCAUCCCUUCCUUUCUAAAAAUCAUCCAACACGUUAAAUCAGCAGUGUUUGUUAUCAUUCUCUACCUCUCUCUCUCUCUCCUCAGCUGCUGUGUGGUCAGGAGGAGUGUAUCCAGUGUCUCUUGGAGCAGGAAGCCUCUGUGUUGCUCGGAGACUCUCGAGGUCGGACAGCAAUCCACCUUGCAGCUGCUCGAGGCCACGCCUCCUGGCUGAGCGAGCUGCUGAGCAUCGCCUGCUCCGAGCCGCCGUCUCUACCCCCGCUGAGAGACCACCAAGGAUACACACCUCUGCACUGGGCCUGCUACUACGGUCAGAACUCACACACACACACAGAGACCUUCAGUGUCUGCUUCACUGUAGAUCUAUGAUAAAAUGUGUUCAGGCGUAAACUCUUUGUUUAGUCGCUGAAGGUUCAGACUCUUUGUUUGCUCAUCAAACUUUGAUGAGAAACAUUUUCAAGUGUCAACGAACAUUUUGAUCAAACUGUAGUUUUAAAGCGUUUGUGUUUGUGUGUGUGUGUGUGUGUGUGUGUGUGUGUGUCUGCAGGUCAUGAGGGGUGUGUGGAGGUGCUGCUGGAGCAGAAAGGAUGUCGCUGCAUCGACGGGAAUCCAUUUACUCCUCUGCACUGUGCUGUGUAGGUCAAACACACGUCUAGCAUCAUUCAUGAUGGAUAUGUUUUUGAGAUCAUUUUCAUCCAUCCUGAGGGGGAAAUCCAUUUUUUCACUCUGUUAUUGAACAAACACACACUGGUAAACAAACAGGAUCAUAUGGUGAUGCACUAAUGGAGAGAGGUCAGAGCUAAGAGGCUGCACACAGAUAUUAGGACACGGGGUAUGACCUGGUACCCUCUGAUACAUGAAACAAGCCUCUACACACUGAACUGUCUAACUCGGUGUUACAGUGUGUUUGACCCUAGAUUAAUUUUACACCUGAAUAUCCCUUUAAACAAACAGGAUAUAAUGAUUGACAGAAUAUUUUAGAUAAGUCUGAAAACAGGAUCACAUAAACAGAUAAGACACUCCAGGAAUAUCUGGUUUUCUAUUUUUUCCUGUUCGCUCAGUGAAAUCUUGUUUGUGUUUAAUCUAACAGGGUGAACGAUCAUGAGCCGUGUGCAUCUCUGCUGCUGGAAGCGAUGGGCGCCGACAUCACUGGCUGCAAAGACUCAAAGGACAGGUAAGACACACGUGUGUGUGAUGCAGAUAGGGGGCGUUAUAAAAUGAGGGAUCUGAAAUGAAAUUGUUGUUUGUGUGUCUGCCCUGAAUACUCUGCUGUGUCCUCCUUCCUCUCCUCUUCUCCCCUCUUCCCCCUCUCCUGCAGGACUCCUCUUCACGCUGCGGCUUUUGCGGGUCAUGUUGACUGUGUUCAGCUGCUACUUUCCCACGAUGCACCUGUGGAUGCUGUCGACCAGUCAGGUCGCACGGCUUUGAUGAUGGCGGCAGAGAAAGGCAGAGUGGGAGCCCUCGGUACAGACGUUUGUUUUAUCAGUUUUUAAGACGCUUUAAAUCAUGUGUGGUUGAUUUUAACUGUAUUUAUUGUUUUUUAAGUCUGUUUUGCGUGUGUCUGAUUAUUUUAUCUUCUGCUUCAGAGGUGCUGUUGACCAGCGCCGGUGCCAACUUCAGUCUAACAGACAGAGAUGGAAACACUGCCCUGCAUCUAGCCUGCAGUAAUGUAGGUGUCAACAACAAUUUCAGUUUUAUUUAUAAAGUGGCCACUAGGAGGCAGCAGAAACACAUGAUUUUAGCCUCUAACCUUGUUUCUUUGGCUCACAGGGGAAGGAGGAGUGUGUGAUGUUGAUCCUGGAGAAGCUGUCUGACACUGCGCUCAUAAAUGCGACAAAUGCAGCUCUGCAAACGUGCGUAUUGAAACCCCCCCUGCUGUGAAAAAAUAACUUUUAAUUAAUGCUGUUAAUUUUUUAUUAUAAGUUGUGAUCAGAGACGGAGAACUGAGGGUAGAGUGUUUGGUUAAGUUUUCUUUGAAGAAGUUUAGAGAUGUCUUGCAGCAGGAAGAGCUGAACUGGACUGAAACUCUUUUAUCCUACUCUGUCUGUCAGUCCUCUCCAUCUGGCGGCUCGUAGCGGUCUGAAGAAGGCGGUUCAGGAGCUUCUGUCCGGAGGAGCCAACGUUCAGACGGUGGAUGAGAACGGUAGGUGAUCCCGGUCUGGUUCAAGGUUUCGGCUGCACGCUCAGCAUGAGGGUUUCCUCAGUUCCAGCAUGAAUUCGGCUUAACUAAUGAGGCGAAUCAGUGUGUGCUGCAAAGGUAUAUGUAUUUAAAGGAGGGUUCCCACUGCUCACAGAGUUCGCAGGUAAUACAUGUAUCAGAAUUUGAAUGUGAUGAGUCCAUCUUGGGUGUGUUUGUCUAUGGAAGUUACAAAAUCAGUGAAUUUUUCGCUUCAGAAGCUUUUUUAUCAGGAAGAUUUUUCUUCAUUUGAAACCACUGGUAACAAUAUGACACAAUAUGAAGGUAUGCGAUGUUGCUUUAAAUGCUCAACACUGAUCUGGUGUUCCAAAGGCGGGUGCAUUUAUGAAAAAAAACAUAACCCCUAAAAAAAUUCGAACAAAAGGUUUCUCAACUGUUUUGUAUAGUAUUAGAUGUCCUUGAUAACAUACUAAAAGUUUACCAAAGUUAGACCAAUAGGAAGGUGUCAUUUUCACGAUGGGUUGGAGGCACCCCAGGUAAAUAGGGUAACAUUUUUAACAAACAGAUAUCACCAUGAAACUUACCGAGUUUAUAACUUACAUUCAGACAAAUAUUUUUUGUAUUACAAGUUUUGUCAGAUGUUAUGUUUGAAUAUGAAAAUGAGGUAGUAUCUUAUUAAAUAUGCACUAAUUUGCAUACAUUUCCAGAGCUGAAAACUGAACAAUUGAUAAAGCCCCUUUCAAAAGUCUUGUUUUAUUUUGUUGACAUACUAGAGUCAGAAAAAGGGGAGGAGGGGACUGUGGAUAUCUCUUUGUAUCACUCUGUAAAUGAGAAAAUACUGACAUCACCCCUAAAAAUUCAAAUAUCUCAAGUUUCUCCCCGGGCUUCCAACCCAAUGUGGAUGCCAUCGUAGAAAUGACAACUUUCAAGUGGUCAAACUUUGGUAAACUUUUAGUAUGUUAUUAAGGACAUCUAAUGCGAUAAAAAACAGAAACUUUUUGUUCGAUUUUUUUGAGGGUCAAGUCAUAUUUUCACCUGACUAACAGGCUUUUCUACCAUCAUUGCAAAUCUAUGAAAAAAAACUUUUUGCUGCAGGCGAAUAAUCAGAAAUCAAUCAUUGCAGAUUAACACCCCGCUGAUAAAGGCCUGUUAGGCUGUCAGACUCAUUUUUGAUGCUUGACAGGAAACACUCUAUUUUAUGUUGUAUUUCAAACUGGAUACAGCAGAAACCACACGCAGUGAUCUGGUUAAGUACCAUCUAGCGUAAACUCUGGUGGGAAGUCUUUCCAGAACUGAAGAGAAGCAGAAAUCUGACAAAACUGACCGAGAGUGAUGAGGUUCAUUUUUAAUCCUCACAGUUGGAGCCGGGCUGCUCGAUUAUAACUCAGAACCACGAUUAUUUUGAUUGGUGUUGAUAUCAGGAUUAUUAAAAGUGAUUACCUGUGAUUUUACAAAUGCAUCACACACAACCUAAAAUCUAAAUGAAAUCCAAAUUCAACAGCCAGCUCCAGUGGGAACCCUGAUUUAAAGUGUUUCCAGGCUGCUUGUUUGUUGUUGACUGUUUGUUUGUUAUGAGGUGACUGUCAGCUGUGGUUGUUGUCUCUGUGCCCCCCCCUCCCUCCAUGUUGUGGACUGUCAGCUGGCUGAACACUAAUGGAAUGCUGCUCCGUCCCUCCUCUGUCCUCUGCUUCGCCUUCCCUGCUUCCUCCAUGUCCACGUCUCGCCCUCCUCCUCCUCCCUCUGUCCCUCUCUCUUUCUCUCUCUCUCUCUGUCUCUCUCUCUCUCUCCCUCUCUGUCUCUCUCUCUCUCUCUCUCUCUCUCAGGUCUGACGCCUGCUCUGGCUUGUGCUCCUAGCAGAGAGGUGGCUGACUGUCUGGCUCUCAUUCUGGCUACCAUGAUGCCUUUCUGCUCCCCUUGCAGCUCCGGGGCUCCCUCCCCAGGCGCCCUGUUGAGGCAGCUGCCCCACCAGGGAGGGAAGGGCCCUAGCACCGGCCCCCGGGCUCCACGAAGCCCCAGGAACCCCUCUGGACCCUCCAGCGAGGGGACAACAGAGAACGACUCGGAGGACUCUGAGACUUUCUGACACCUGCAGACCGACUCUCUACCCUCCUCCCUGGACCUGUGCACCUGAACUCCUCCCUCUCCCUUCCUCUCCUCUCCUCUCCUCCGAUGCAGUUUUUUUUAAGCUUCCUCUUCAGGCAGGAGGGUAGAGAUUUGGUUGAAACAGUUUGGAUCUUUCCUGGUUGUCAUUGUGGGGAAGAUGUACAGAGUUGCUUCCUCUUAGCGCCCUUUUUCUAGAGACAGAGAGGAGCAGCCGGACUUCCUGCAGACUGACGGAAACCUGCAGGACUUAUUCCACAAAGAUGAAGAAGAGGAUUAUGAUCCGGAGCCGCUGUGGACCGGGUCUGCAUGCUUGUGUUAACUCACACCACGGUUUGUUCCUUCUACUCACGGGUGCUUAAAUCCAAACCAACCUCGGUACUUCAGUCUCUCCUGAGAGACUCGUUUGUCUUAAAAGAAGCCAUUUUUAACUGUUUGUAUAAAAUGAAGUAGUAAUUAAGAAAGCUUAAGUGUAAUUUUAACCUUCUUAUGAUUUUGGCUUGUUGUUGUACCAAAUAUUUGACUUCCACACGUAAAUAAUGAACACAAACUGAAGGAAACAGGUACUUAAAGCUCGACUUUUUUAAACAUGUGAACAACUGAAGCACAAAUUUGGACUUUUAGUUUUUUUUAUAUAUAAAAUGUGAAGUGUGCAGCUUCAAAAAGAUGUUUCAUAGUUUGAAUAUCACCAGGAAAAAAGGGUAACAAUGGUGGGUGCAUCUCAAUUCUCUCAUUUGAGGAAGAGAAAAUCAGGAGAAAAAAUCUGUUUUUCUAUGUUUGAAUUGGAAACUUAAGUUAUAACUGUUACUGACUAGAAGCUUGACUCUUUGAGAUCAAAGGAGGUUAGAUAUUCCUUAUUCAUGUCCCACUUUCUCUGAAAUUUAUCAGACGUUUUUGCUGUUAAAUAAGCAGCUUAAUUUGGGGAAAUUCUGAGUUCAUGUCCUGUUAAUAUUUCUUGAUGUUUUCUUGUUAAAAGUUGAAUAAUUUAACAGUUUAGGUCAGUGGUUCUCAAGUCCAGUCCUCGAGCCCCCCCUUCCUGCAUGUUUUGGAUGUUUCCCUGCUCCAACACACCUGAUUCAAAUGAUCAGCUCGUUAGCAAGCUCUGGAAUGGCUUAAUAACGAGCUGAUCAUUUGAAUCAGGUGUGUUGUGUAUGUUGGACUUGAGAACCACUGGUUUAGGUAAAGAAUUGGAGUAAUAACAUUUCAUUAACACAUAUGAGCUUUUGUUUUCUGAACUUAAACAGCAGUGACCUCAAAAUUAGAUGUUUAUCCUAAAACUUAAUGGUUUUAAACUUGAUGAAUAAUUCCUUUUUGUCGUUCAAAAUCAGUUUUUUAACUCUAGAAAAUUAUCAGAUGAAAAAAAAGAUUACGUUUUUUAUGUUGCAAGGACAAAAAAUAUUUAGUUUUACUUCAAAAAGAAAUGAAAAUGUCAGAGCAAAACUCAGCUUUUUUGUGCAUUGCCAAUUAUCAUGCUUUGCCAUUAACCGAAAAAGCAUCUCUGACAAUAUCAGAGUUUUUUUCCACUUUAAAAAACUUAAUACCCUCCCUCCUAGCUUUGUUACGUACAUGGCUUUCGCAUUUAACAUAAGUAAUGAGACUUUCAUGCAGACCCCAGGAUCAAAUGAGGGAAUUGAAAUGUACCCCCAAGUGAACACAGGGUUUGUGAAAAUGUGAAUAAAAUCUGAUUUUUAAAAAUUUGAUCCUAUUUUGGCCUGAAAAGCAUCCUGCACAGUUUCAUCCUCCUUGAAAAACCAGGACAUUUCUCUCUGGAUGUUUCUAAAUGUUAAAUCAUUCAAGCACAGACUCUCCACAAAGACCAAAUUUCUGCAGAGACGAGAAGCUCUUUCAGCUCUCCUCACCUCUCUGAGGUUUUUUUAUGGUUUCCUACAUGAUGGUACAAAUACUGCCAGCACUUCAAUGUAAAGUAACACAGGGCCUUCACCACUUCCUGUCCUCCUCCUCCUCCUCCUCUUGUCUGUUUGCCUGUUUGUCUGCCUACCAGCUACGUGCCAUCGUCUCAGACCUGUCCAGUGCCUUGAUGUUGACUCAUUUUCUUUUACGAUAAAUCCUUUGUUUGUAUAAUAUUAAUAAUAUUCAGAUGAUUGAAGGAUCAACUCACCAAAAACACAAAAAUAUUUCCUUUUUCGCUGAAUUUUGGUGCCAAGAUACAACAGAAUAUAUCUGCAGGGGCGUCUUAAAAGCCUUUUCAAAGGGGAUUGGGGGAUCACGGACUAUGUGGAGUGAGAGUGUUCAAAGAUACACAGUUGCCUGAUCAAAAAGUCAACAUUAUGGGUUAAAAAGUCACAUUCCUGGGAUGUUAAGUGGGUCCAAAAAUGAGACACAUGGUCAGAAUUCAGUGAUAAAUAGUAGAAAUGAAGAGAUUAAUUUAUAAUUAUGAGAUUAAAAAGUCAGACUUUUGAGAUAUGAAGUCAAACUUAUAAGAUUAAACAUUGAAACUGUGGUACGGUAAGUCAGUCUUGUUAUAGUUGGUCAUAAAUGUGAUGUAAAAGUUGAAAUUAAAUCCAGUAAACUACAAUAAUAGACAGAUAAUGGAAAAAAAAGUCAUAACUCUGAAAAAGACUUUAUUGUUUCCACUGUCAUCUCAUAAGAAUGACCUACUCGUUCAUACUGAUGAGAAUGAGGUCUUUCUCAUAAUUACGCCUGAAUAAUUUAAAUACCUCGGAUGUUUUUGUCCUUCAUACUGACUUAUUACUCUCAUCAUCAUGACUGAAUAUCUUCCUCACAGCUCCGAUCACAUAAAAAAGUUUACCUGGUGAUAUUUUCUGACUUUUGGUGACUGAUUCUUGAAUAUUUCUGACAAAAUGUGGGCAGUUUUUUUUUUUUUUUAAGUUUUAGAGAUUUGAUUCACUCUGUGUGAGGAAUAUGCAGGUUUUUUUAUGAGAUGGUGUCUCAUUCCUCUAUUUUCUCUCUGCAUAGUCUGAGGAUUUUCUAAAAAUGAUCUUUUUUGUCAACGACGCUCAUGAAAAGACCAAAACCAGCAAUGUUACAGCGUUCGUCCCUCUGUUGUCUCUGAUUUGGCCCUCAGACUUAAGUCAUGUGUGAAAGCAAUUCAUAACUUUAAGAUAUUUAACUCAGACAGGCAGACAGUUGCAUUUUCGGGGCCUAUUUUCAGGUUGAAGUAAUAAAAGUCUUUUGGGCUGCAGGAUUUUUUGUGUUGGAUUUACUUUAAAACAUGUCUAACAUGAAGAGCUUUGGAAAACAUGGAGCGUGAAGGAGGAAUACUUCGCUAAACAGUUGGUUUUGGUCAUUUCUGGGCUUUUUUUGCAGACAUACAAGAAAACAGAAAAUCUCCAGACUGAUGUUUGAAGUCCGGUGUGUGUGAGGGUGUGAGUGUGUGUGUGUAAGUGUUAUUUUAGGUACUUAUGCUUUUGUAUGUGAUGUUGAAGUGAAGCUUUGUCUGAAAAAGGACAUACAUCAUGUCUUAAAGCUCACAGGGUGACACCUCCACCAUGAAACAUCAAACAGGAGUUUAUUUAAUUUUAUAUCUGGAUGAAGAAACGUCGGCUGUUUGUCAAUUUUCGGUCUAAAUUUGAAUCCCUGUCGGCUGCAGUUUGACUGAAUCCGAUUGAAGCACACACAUGUGAACAAGCACAGUUGUAUCUUAUUUUGAAGGUCUGCUGAGAGACUGAAUUUGUCUGCCAGUAUUAUUAUUAUUUUAAUUUUAAUUAUUUUAAAUCCAACAGAAAAUGAUCUCCACCUGUCCUGACAAUCGCUCCGUCACGUGUCUGAUCAUUUUCAUGCCAGUUCCUGAUGCAGUACCAUGCUGAUGCUGAGGGCUGUUUUUCAGCUUCCCUUUGUUUUAUAUGAAUUGUACAAUUAAAAAAAAUCUGUUUGAAGCUAA